AUGGAGACGGAAAGCUAUGAUGUCACUAAUGUCUGGUGGAAAACACUCUUUUUCCAUCCUUGGCUUGUCCACUGUCGGUUCAGUCUGCCGUGCCCUCCCAGGCCUCCCACCCACUCAGGUACCUUAUCAGCUUACUCCCUUCCUGCAGGUUCCUCGUACUAUGACAACGUCCGGCCUCUGGCCUACCCAGACUCUGAUGCUGUGCUCAUCUGCUUUGACAUUAGCCGACCAGAGACCCUGGACAGUGUCCUCAAGAAGUGGCAAGGAGAGACUCAGGAGUUUUGCCCCAAUGCCAAGGUGGUGCUGGUUGGCUGUAAACUGGACAUGAGGACUGACCUGGCCACGCUGAGGGAGCUAUCCAAACAGAGACUUAUCCCUGUUACACAUGAGCAGGGCACUGUGCUGGCCAAGCAGGUGGGGGCCGUGUCGUACGUUGAGUGUUCCUCCCGGUCUUCUGAACGCAGCGUCAGGGAUGUCUUCCAUGUGGCCACCGUGGCCUCUCUUGGCCGUGGCCAUCGGCAACUGCGUCGUACCGACUCUCGCCGGGGACUGCAGAGAUCCACUCAGCUGUCGGGAAGGCCAGAGCGGGGAAAUGAGGGCGAGAUACAUAAGGAUCGAGCCAAGAGCUGCAACCUGAUGUGAGGGGCAGAGAGUGGAGAGGGUGAGAGAUACGAUUGUUCCCCUGCCUGCUCCUGGACUUUUUGACUUCCUGACCCUGGCUGGAAGGGCAGGGCAGGCAGAGAAGCAAUUCUGGUUGGAGGAGCUAGAGGACAGAAGGUGUCGCUAUUCCGCACCCUCAUCCCCUUUUCUGCUGGUAGCUGAGAGGGCUAACAGGGUAGGCGUCUGGGGCAUGAACUGAAGGGGCAGGCUGGUGUUCGGGAAGCCAGCAUCAAGCAAUGACUUUGGACAAGUCUUCUAUAAAGUGUGUAUCUUCCUUCCUCACCCUAGUUCCCAUAGCCUGUCUGCCUUCCCUGAGGACAGUGUCCGUUGGAAGACCUCCUCUCCCCUCCCUUCUGCAUCUGUUCUCACACAUUCUAACCUUCAGGCAACACACACUAAAAUUUAAAACCAGAAGUCCUUUCCUACCAUCAACCUAGCAACCAGUUCUAGUUUCCUCCUUCCCCAGCAGUCUGCAAAUAAAGCCCAUGACCAUGGAAAACA